AAAUGCAAAGAAAAGUGUAGAAAAAGAGGACUUUGCUUUGGUCUGUGUGCAGUGCAUCAAAAGAAGUCUGGGAGGCGGCUUCGAUCAGUGUGAGAGAAAACCUAGGUGGAUAAUUCAAGUAGGGUACGCAAUUUGGUCUUAUCUCUCUUGCGCUCUUCGAUUGUUGGAUGGGAGUGACAAUUUCCCGAGAAAGCCAUGGCCAUGAAAAAGUCAUUCAAGGAUUCUCUUAAAGCUCUCGAAGCGGAUAUUCAGCACGCCAACACUCUGGCUCUAGGUUGUCCGAGGCUGAAUGAUGGAGCAUGCCUUCAACUGAGACUGUCUUAUAGUCCAGUUGCACACUUAUUUCUAUUUCUUGUUCAGUGGGCAGAUUGUCAACUUGCUGGUACCCUUGGGUUGCUUCGAGUUCUUAUUUAUAUGCAAUUCCUCUAUUACUUCUUUCUUGACGGCGUGUCGAACGUUGGUGGAUUGAUGCAGACCUAUGCAGAUGGCAAAACCACGAUGUCUGUUUAUGAGAGAAAAGCUAGUAUCAGGGAAUUUUAUGCUGUUAUAUUUCCUUCUUUAUUGCUACUGCAAAGCGGGAUAACAGAUUUGGAUGAUAGAAAACAGAAAGAGAUAUGCUCACUCAGAUUCUCUAAAAAGGAUGAUUUAGACAAGGGAAAACUCACUGAGGCCGACAUUGAGAGAGAAGAUGAAUGUGGAAUUUGCAUGGAAAUGAACAGCAAGGUUGUGUUGCCUAAUUGUAGCCAUACCUUGUGCAUGAAGUGUUAUCAGGAUUGGCGUGGGCGGUCCCAAUCUUGCCCCUUUUGUCGGGAUAGCCUUAAACGGGUGAACUCAGGUGAUUUGUGGAUUUGCAUAGGUAACAAUGACAUCAGUGACAUAUCCAUAAUCUUGAGAGAGAACUUACAAAGGCUGUUUAUGUACAUAGAGAAGUUGCCUCUUAUUGUUCCAGAUCAUGUGUUUGUGUCCUAUGAUUCUCGUUUCAAGUAAAGGACCACUGACUCUGGUUUUAGUCUGCUGAUGGAAGUUCAAAUGUAUAUUAUAUAUAAAUGUGCUUCACAGUUAGAAUUGUAUAUUCCUGUGGAUUUAGUAUCAAUGAUCAUGUUGAUCUCUGGAUUGUUCUUAUCAAUACAAAUGUGAUUCAGGUA